AUGGUAAAUGCUACAUCACCAGAGCCCGUGGCCAUUGUCGGCAUGUCAUGCCGUCUGCCUGGUGGUGUCAACAACCCCAAGGAAUUCUGGGAAUUCCUUGUAAAUGGCGAAUCGGGCUACUCAGACUUUCCAGAGGACAGACUGAACAUCGAUUCGUGGUAUCAUCCCGAAUCUGUCCGCCCAGGGUCAGUCGUGACAAAAGGGGGUUUCUUCCUCAAGCACGACAUGAACGAAUUCGACAAUGAGUUCUUUGGUAUCACAGCUGCUGAAGCUAGGCUCAUGGACCCAGCUCAGAAGCAACUUAUGGAAGUUGUCUUCGAGUCUGCAGAGGCGGCUGGGGUUUCUGCCCAAGAGCUGCGCGGAUCCAAGACUGGCGUCUACAUCGGCAACUUUGGUCUUGACCAAGCACUCAUGGCACUCAAGGACUCCGAGUUCAUGAGCCCCUACACAUCAACAGGUAUCUCAGGCACAAUUCUGAGCAAUCGAAUCAACUACGCCCUCGACCUCAACGGUCCUAGCUUCACAGUAGACACCGCUUGUUCCUCCUCUAUCUAUGCAUUGCAUUUAGCCUGUCUUGGACUUCAGAAUGGCGAUUGUGACGCAGCCUUUGUGGGUGCUGCCAACGCUAUUCGGAGUAUUGAGGCCCAACUAUUCUCAACCAAACUUGGAGCCUUGUCCAAGACAUCCCAUUGCCAUACCUUUGAUGCGAGCGCCGAUGGGUAUGCCAGAGCAGACGGCAUUGGUUCCGUGUACAUCAUGCGCUUAUCCGAUGCGCUGAAAUCUGGAAGACCUAUACGUGCCGUCAUUCGAGGAACGGCCAUUGGUGCUAAUGGUCGGGGCGAUGGUAUGACCAAGCCAGACAGUAAAGGCCAGGCCAGAACCAUUCGUAUGGCCUACAAGAAUGCUGGCAUCACGGACUUGACUCAAACGGGGUAUUUCGAGUGCCAUGGUACUGGAACACCUGUGGGUGAUCCUAUAGAAACCCAUUCGGUGGGAAGUGUGUUUGCUGAGCAUAGAGAGCAAGACGAUCCUCUUCUCAUCGGCUCAGUUAAGACAAACCUGGGUCAUUCAGAAGCCACUGCUGGCAUCACAGCUUUGAUCAAGACCGUACUAGCCAUAGAGAAUGAGCUUAUUCCACCCACAAUUGGUAUUGAAAACUUCAAUCCAAACAUCAAGUUCCAAGACUGGAAGCUCAAAGUGGUCAAAGAAGCCACUACCUGGCCUAGCAACAUCCCAAUCCGACGUGCCUCAGUCAACUCGUUUGGCUAUGGCGGUGCCAACGCCCACGUUAUUGUGGAGGGCCUGGAUUCUGUUAUGAAGGAAUGGCCCGGUGAGCAUAGGGCAGCUCUCACAGAUCACUAUGGAAGCGACGACUUGGAGCUUGGAAGCAGCACGCCACCUACCAACAGUGAGCGCAGCACCAGCCCUUCUUCGGUGUCCAAGGAGUCAGACAGAGAGUCCAAGUAUGCCGUUCCCCAAAAGACUUUGCUACUCUGCUCCUCGAAAAAGAAGAGAUCGCUUGAGAAGAUUGUUGAAGCAACCAAGGCUCGUCUCGAGACAGAUUCUCUGGCAGAUGUAGCCCACACACUCUCCAAGCGAUCUCUAUUUUCCCACCGUGCCUUUGCCGUCAUUGGCAGCCAAAACUCUGAGUCUGUGUUUACUUCGGACCAAGUUCCCAACGACGUAAAGCUUGGCUUCAUCUUCACAGGCCAGGGUGCCCAGUGGCCCAAGAUGGGCUCAGACCUGUUGCAAUUCCCUGCCUUCAGAAAGUCUAUCCAGGCUAUUGAUGCUGCUAUGGCAGUACUACCCGACGGGCCUGACUACAGCGUCGAAGAGAUGAUGUGCGCUGACAUUACCGCCAGUGAGAUGGACGAACCCCGUGUUGCCCAGCUCAUGUCUAUUGCUGUUGAGGUGGCGCUCGUAGACCUCCUGGCUGAUUGGAACAUCAAGCCAGUUAUGACUGGUGGUCACUCGGCUGGAGAGAUCGCUGCCGCAUAUACCGCCGGAUACCUUACAAGGAGCGAAGCAUGUGCAGUGGCCUUUUACCGUGGCAAUGCCGUGUCUGGCUCUACUCUUGACCCUGGAGCAAUGCUAGCAGUUGGCCUUUCUGAGGUUGAGUCCCACAAACUUGUUCCAGAGGGGGCCAAUGUCGUGGUGGGAGCGGUCAACUCGCCAAGAAGCGUGACUCUCAGCGGUGACCAGGCCGCUAUCACUCAAAUCAAGCAGCACUGCGAUGACAACAAGAUCUUCAAUCGUCUUCUUGCCACCAAGGGCAUUGCCUACCACUCUGGCUUCAUGGACCCUGCUGCCGAGGCGUAUGACAUUCCACUGCAGAAGAUGAAGCGCGAGGUUUCUCACAACACGGCCAAACUACCCUUCUUCUCGACGGUUGAGGGAAGGCUAUGGGCUGAAGGCGAGCUCCCCAUGUCUUACUGGCGACAAAACAUGGAGAAACCUGUAUCGUUCCUACCAGCUGUGGCCGCGAUGUUUGAAGCAGGGAUGACGCACGUAGUUGAAAUUGGUCCUCACUCGACUCUGCGCUCACCCAUUCUGGAUAUCGCCAGGUCUGUUUCAACAAGCGGUAUGUUCAAGUAUUUGUCAGCAAUGAAGCGAAAAGAAGAUGCGGUCAAUGUCAUUAUGAGUGCCGCUGGAGAGUUGGCUAUUCAUGGCAUUGAAGUCGACCUUGCUCGCGUCAACGGAGAAACUGGAACAUUCCUUACCGACUUCCCGCUAUACCCUUGGGACCAUCGAGUCUUGAACAACGAGGCCAGAGCCGAUGUUGAAUGGCGUCUUCGCAAGUUCCCAAGACAUGACUUACUCGGAUCCCUUACUCCUGGCUCAGCGCUGAGUACACAUAUCUGGCGCAAUGUCCUUUCACUGAACCAUGUUCCAUGGAUGGCAGACCACAAGGUUGGCGAGCAUUACAUCUUCCCUGCCGCUGGGUUCAUUUCCAUGGCCAUAGAAGCAAUGCGACAGAUACGCGAUGUUGCGCAUGAAGCCUUCGUUCUUGAAGAUGUCUCAAUUGGGGCGGCAAUGAUGGUAGAUGAGGACAUCGAGGUAUUCUUGACGAUGCGAAAGCAAGCACUGAGCAACAAUGUCACAUCGGCCUUCUUCUGGGAGUUUAACAUCUCCUCGGUAAAGGAAGGCAUCUCGACUGAGCAUGCCAAGGGGCGCAUCAGCAAUGUUGCCAAGGGACCACAGCAUGGUGUCAAACCUCUGCAGGCGGUCAAUAUGGCACUCGCCGCUCCUAUCCCAGAAAGCCUGUGGUACGAGACCUUGACUGCUAGUAAGGGUCUUAUUUUUGGCACGAGUUUUAGGCGCCUAUCGCAGAUAAGUCUGGAAGCCAAACAGCAUCGCGCUAAGGCAGUGAUGAAUGGCGAUGUCACAUCCGCCAUGACCGGCCUGGAGAACGAGUCAGACUAUAUCAUCCAUCCUACAGUCCUGGACAACUGUCUUCAAUUGUCUGUUCUUGCUGCUGGAACCUCAACUUCGGGUCAGGCGUACGUCCCUGUAUCAUUGGAUCGCCUCACCGUGAUUGAGAACGAGGCCAAGUUUGACGAGGCAACGCUCCACUCCAGUGGCAACUUCGUCGGCUUCAAAGGAUUGUACGGAGCUUCCCAACUUGAAAACUCGGUUGGAAACACUAUUCUCAGUCUAGACGGUCUUCGAUUUGUUGGUAUACCCGCCGGCGGAGAGAAUGGCACCGACUCAAAGCGCGAACCCUUCUGGCGCAUUUCCUGGGACGAUGACUACGACGCCAUCACCAAAGAGUCAGAGGAGCUCUAUUUCCCACAAGAGAAGUACUGGCCCAAGCAGUAUGAGUACUCCCGACAGGAUCGUGAAUACCUUGUGCGCAUGUAUAUUGUCCAGUUCUCCGUGAAAUACCCUGAGCUCAUGACUCGUGAGCCUCUCAAUGUCGAGAACAAGCACUUCAUGGAGUGGGCUCACUGGAUACUCAAGCUCACCGAGAAGGAAUUUCCAGCGAUGUGGAAUAUGUCCUUGGAGGAGCGACACGCGGCCAUUGAAGCAGAAAGGCCCAAGGGCCCUGAAGGUUUGAAGUUGUCAUGGGCUCUGUAUGACAACUUGCACCACAUCAUUGACGGCGAGAAACCUGUUUUGGAGGUUGCGACUAAAGACGGCCUUCUAGGUCUCUUCUACGAGACGCAGCUGAUAUACGACAAGUUCGAGCGCAUCAUAGAGGUCAUGGGUUACAAGAACCCAACGAUGAAGAUCUUGGAGAUUGGAGCUGGUACUGGUUCAGCUACAGGCUUUGUCCUGAACUCCCUUACCAAGGGGGGUACCAAACGUUAUUCCAGCUACACCUACACCGAUGUCUCAACCUCAUUCUUUACUCAGGGUGAGGAGAAGUUCUCGAACUACGAAGAUAUCGACUAUCGGUUGUAUGACAUGGAAAAGACGCCAGAAGAACAAGGCAUUGAGCCAGAGUCAUACGAUCUGGUCAUUGCUUCUUGUGUUGUUCACGUCACUGCCAAUGUGGUGAAUGCUCUGAAGAAUAUUCGCCAGCUCCUCAAGCCAGGUGGAAAGAUCCUUUUAUCCGAGAUUACAGCUGAACAUCAUGACCAGACCUUUACCUUGGGUCUUUUCCCGGGCUUUUACAAAGGCUAUGAUGAGGGACGCACUCGUCACCCCUUCUUGACACCUGAGCAGUGGGCGGAGGCUUUCCCCAAAGCUGGCUUCUCUGCUCCUGAGCUAUCUGUCAACGAUAUUCCAGAGGAGUGGUUCGGCUUUACUGUUCUUACUGCCGCCGCCGUAGAGGCUGAGGCGAUACCUGAAAUUCGGGAUCAAACCAUUACCUUGGUGCAUCUGGAGAAGGUGACCCCCAUUGCUCGCGAGAUCGAGAACGCUGCAAAGCAACAAGGGUUGUCUGUCUAUCACCGCCAGUUAGUACAGCAUGUUGAACCUGGAUCAUCUGCUUGGGAUGGUACCUCGCGCGUCAUUGUGAUUGCCGAGUUGGAAGAGCUGAUCUGGCCAACUAUCGAAGAACCUGCCUAUCUCGAGUUCCAGAAAAUGGUGCGCGAGGUCAGCAGCAUUCUCUGGGUCACUCAAGGUGGUUUGAUGGAAGGCCAGCAUCCAGAGGCCGCUAUCAUCAACGGCUUCUUGCAGUGUCUCGACCUCAAGCCCGAUCUGACAGCCAGGUCCAUGGACUUUGAGUUGUCAGCACCACGAGACUUGAAGAUGGCUCGGGAGAUCAUCCGCCGUGAGAGCAUCAUGCAUGUGUCAAAGGAUAUGCAGUUCCGCCAGCACAAUGGCCGCUGGUUGGUCCCGCGACUUCUACCAGAUCAACGCCUAACUGACGACUUUUCACGUUCCCAAGGGGACGACGUUUCGAUCGUGCAGAAACCACUGAAGGAUCUCGGCCCUUUACAAGUAACCACAACCGAUGCAGGUCGCCUUAGUGCCCUUGUGUUCAAGCCAGACGAGGAGCUCACUGGAGCGCUAGAGCCUGGCUACGUUGAAGUGCAGAUCAAAGCGUACGGAAUGAACUACGUGGAACUGAGCGCAUUGGCUGGUGGUUAUGACACCGACAAGCUGAGCUCUGAGUUCUCUGGAGUCAUCACUCGUGUGGCCUCGGAUGUAAAGAGCCUUGGGGUCGGCGACCGAGUGUUUGCCAUGUGGCCUGGCAAAUUCGGAAACGUCGCUCGUCUCCCUCAUUAUGCUUGCCAGAUUGCCCCGUCAACUCGAGACAGUUUUGAGGCGUUGGCCACUCUUCCAUCGGCCUACUGUACUGCGUGGUACGCACUUGUCAAUGUUGCGCGCGUGCAGCCAGGCGAGACUCUCUUCAUCCAGAGCGCGACUGGAGGCUUUGGACUGGCGGCUAUCCAAGUUGCCCGCAUGCACGGCGCAGAGGUAUUCGUAACGGCAGGUACCCAGACCAAACGGGACAUGUUGCACUACCAGCUCGGUAUCCCUGCAGACCACAUCUUCCCGUCCCGUGAUGUAGCUAUCUACGCGGACCUCAAGGCCGCAACAGCUGAUCGCGGAGGUUUCGACAUCGUCCUCAACACUUCUCAAGGAGACUAUCUCCGUCAAGUUACCUGGCCUCUUGUUGCUCCUUUCGGACGUUUUGUUGAGCUCAAAAAGGCUGACAUCGUCGACAAUGGCUCAUUGAGCCUACAGAAGUUUGCCGAAGGGGUUACCUUUACUGCGGUAGACCUUCACUUCAUCUCAGCCACGCGCCACAAGGUUCUGACCGAUGUCCUUGCCCUGGUCGGAGACAAGUACCGAGCUGGAGAGAUAAAACCUCUGUCUUGGAAGUCUUAUCCUGCAUCUAACAUUGGUGGCGCGUACGCAGACUUCUCACGCUUUGAGCAUGUCGGCAAGCUUGUUCUAUCAUACGGAGAUGAGGACGUUGUUCCAUAUCUCCAUGUGCCCCCGAAGCCAAGAUUUGAUCCAGGAGCCGCGUACCUGGUGAUCGGUGGCCUCAGUGGCAUCGGCGCGUUCUUAAGUAGGUGGAUGGUUCAGCAGGGCGCAAAGACGAUGGUUUUCAUGAGCCGUUCUCCCCUAUCCGGUGACACAGCUGAGAACGCGGAGCAACUCAAAGAAAUGGGUGCUACAGUCAUUCAUGUGCAGGGCUCUGUCGCCAAUGAGAGCGACGUGUAUCGUGCUCUGACGAUAUCUGGGCAACCGAUCCGCGGCAUAAUUAACUCGGCUCUUGUCCUACGCAACAUGGAAUUCGAUAAACUGAGCUGUUCUGAGGCUCGCGAGACAUUCUCUCCCAAGAUCCAGGGCAACUACAAUCUGCAUCGAUUGAGUCGGAAGCUUGGUUACGGCUUGGACUUCUUCAUCCUUCUGGCUUCGUUGACUUCCAUCUGUCGGGCUGCUACACAGGCCUCGUACUCCGCAGCCAACUGCUUCAUGGAUGAGUUUUGUCGCUUCCGACAUCGCCAAGGCCUGCCCUGCACAACCGUGAGUCUCGGUGUUGUCGGCGACGUUGGUUUCAUGGGUCGCAACCAGGGCAAUAUGCAGCAUCUUAUUCGCAACGGCCAUUACGUGACAGUUGGUCGUGAGCUCAUGGAGUUGUUUGAGACGGCUCUCUUCCGUCGCGACGAUGUUGGCGCUUGGAAGAAAGAUGAGAUCCUCGCCUUGGGCACUGAGCCAGCCAAACUCCGCGAGCUUCUCGACAAGGGAUCCGUUCCGGUGCCUCUUUGGGAACGAGACGCACGCUGGAGCAUCAUCGGCACGCAUGCCUUGCGUAGCAACCGCGGCGCUGGUGGUAGCACAUCUGGACCUGGCAAGUUGCAGAGUGGUGACAUCAAGGACGUAGUGGCCGAUCGUCUGAGUCGCCUGUUGUGGAUCCCCGUUGAGAAGCUCAACUUGGAUACUAGCUUGAACGCGAUGGGAAUUGACAGUAUGAUUGCUAGUGAGUUCCGACAUUGGAUGUAUCAGACAUUCAAGACGAACGUCAGUAUGAUGGAUCUUUUGGCUCAGGACAUGACAGUGGAGAAGCUUUCUGGACUGCUUCAGAAGGCGUGA